GAGCUGGAAAGUGUUAAGAGAAAAAUUAAAGUUAAGUUCUUUAUUAGGCAAAAAUUCAAUAUAUAAUUUAAAUGUUAAGAAGGUAAUGAUCGAAAAAUGGAGUUUCGAAAGCGAGCACGCCUGGAAGUAAUAAAUAAUACUCAAGUCCAUAACGACAACAAUAAUGCCUUAAGCGCUACUGACGACAUCAGCACUACUUUGGCUGCCAUUGGGGGACAAAGUUAUUUGUUUAACAGCAGCUCAAACACUACGGCCACAACAACGACAACCAUACCAGCAAACAUUUUGCUAACCAUAUGUGAUGAAAACUCGGAUGAAUCUCAAGAGUACUUAAUUGAUAGUUCUUUAUUGGCGCACAUUAAACAAGAGCAUACUGUGGCUACGCAAACUUCUCCACCACCACCAGUAGUUUCGCAGCAAUCAUUAUUAACAACUUUACAGCCACAAUGCCGUUUUUUAACUCAGACUCACAAUAAUAAUAAUAAUCACAAAACUAUUAAUAAUACUUCUUCUUCUAUGCUACUUAACACAUCUAUGAACUCCGUGCCAGCAGCUAACUUAAUAACAAAUGCUGUGCAAUUGCCUACGGGCUGUGAAAUAUAUUUGGUCAAAGAAUAUAUAGACUCAACCGCCAAUACGACAACAACUUCUACAAUUAAUCAAAAUUCAGAAACUACCACAAUUAAAAUAGAACCGGAUUCUCGAAUAAUUCAAACUUCGCCCGUUGGCAAUGGCUUGCAAUUAAUGCGCCAAACAAAUACUACUGCAACUGUAGCAAAUAGAGCGCAAGGCAUCAACUAUAUUUCUGUAACGAGUAACUCCUCCGCAUCCAAUACGACAUCACACGAAGAUCCCACAAAGCGAGGUUUCAUAUUGGAAGCUUAUAAGAAACGCGAUGACAAGCGCCGGGCUACACAUAAUGAAGUUGAACGUCGCAGGCGUGAUAAAAUAAACAGUUGGAUAUUUAAACUAAAGGAAAUGUUACCAACAGAUAUUAGAGGUAUUAAAGAAACACAGCUAAAAACAAAUAAUGGCAACAACAACAAUGCGACUAGAUUAUUAAUGCAACAGCAACAGAUUCGACAGCAAACGCCACAAACAACAACACGUACACCGCCGAGUGAUUCAAAAUCUCAAAUACUAAUAAAGGCCUGUGAAUACAUUAAAGCUAUGCAGGAGGAAAUUAAAAGCCUGCAAAAGUGCCUUGCCGAAAAUGAGACGUUGCGUUUGAGCAACCAACGUCUACAAGAUGAAUUGGAGCAUUUGCGUAGCAAUCAAUUUAAUAAUAAUAGUAGUACCAAUGUUCAGUUAACAGCAGGGAUUGUAGUAAAUGGCGGUGAUCGAGCUGAAAAAUGUGUUUCUGCUGCUUCGGUAUCGCAUACAAACGUUGCAAAUUUGUUAGAUCAUACAAUAACAACAGCACCGGCCUUAACAACUUAUGCUGACCAAGAUUUAAUAGUUAGAGAGUACAAUGAUUAGGAAAAGGGAAAAAGACAGAAGACACUCGGCUAAGUAAUAUUUAUAAUGUACACUUUAAUGCAUUAAUUAAAAAUUAUAGUGCUUCCCUCAUAAAACAGUUUAAAAGAUAACGAACGAUAACCAAAAAUUAAAUUUAACUAGAAAACGAAAAGUAAAUGAGAACAAGUGGACUUUGGAUAAAGUUAGUGUACUCCACCAUAUAUUUGUAGAUGGUUUUCGUCUCUUUCUCAAAAGAUAAUGUUUUAUAUGUGAGAACCACCACAAACAGCCAGAAUAUACGGGCCAUUGACGGGCGAUUAUUCUCACAUAAAAACACUUCUGAAUUUUAUUCGGAACAAGUUUACGUAAAUGAGACGUUUCCGUAUAGGUGGAUUUAUAUUAGAUACCCUAAACACGAUUGAGCUCUCAGGGGAUUAAAAUUCAUCUUGUCAUUCAUUGGAUUCUUACAAACAUACAAUGACUUCUUUGACUAACCAACUAACUAACUAACUAACUCUAAUGGUAUCUCUGCGGUUAAGCUCAACAGCUCAAUACAGUUUUGAACACAUAGUAUAAGUAUAUUUGUAAAGGUUUCUAUAUCCGAUUGAACCUUUUGUCGACAUUACGCAAUCUACGAGAAAAAAAAAAACUAUUUCUUCUAUAAUACAUUAAAAUUUCCUAUACUUUAUAAAAUUAUUUGAGAUAA